CAAGGGGGCGGAGCCGACUGGAUAAGCCACGCCCCGUUUGCGACUGCACGGCUGAGCAACAAGUCGCAACCGGUCUGCAGAAUUUCCCGUUGCACGGUUAUGAUCGGCGCUCGUGCCCUUGAAGAGCGACAUACUCUCGGGUUUUUAUGAUCAUGUGAUGUUUAUAUUCGAUAAUCAUACGUGAAUGUACACGCGGACCCCGAUGGAGAAACACAUCUGCUGUGUUUGCAGUGAAAUGACGGACUGGAGUUCUGUUUGAAGAGAAUGAUGACGGGGCUCAUUGAUCAGGGUGAUGACAUGGGCCUGGUGACGCCGAUAGAGCUGACGGACCCUCAGAAGGACGACGACUCCCAGUGCCCCGCCCACUUCAGGCAGAGUCUCAUGCUCCAGCUGAUUGACGAUCUUUCUUAUGAAGAUGUAAAGAAAUGCUACAGGGGUUCAACCGUCAGCAAAUACAACUCGCAGUACCACAAACUCUUCUCCGCCGUCCCGAAGGAGGAGAUCCUCAUGAAAGUUUAUUCCUGCGCUCUUCUGCGGGACAUUCUGCUGCAAGGACGACUUUAUAUUUCCCGAAACUGGCUGUGUUUCUACGCAAACCUCUUCGGCAAAGACAUUAAGGUUGCCAUCCCGGUGGUGUCUGUGCGGCUGGUGAAGAAACACAAAACCGCCGGACUGGUUCCAAACGGACUCGCCAUCACCACCGACACCAGCCAGAAGUAUGUGUUUGUGUCUCUUCUGUCGCGGGACAGUGUGUAUGACGUGCUGAGAAGAAUCUGCACACACCUACAGGUGAAUGGUAAGAAGAGUUUAAGUCUGAAGCAGUACCUGGAGGAACCCGGUUCUCUGUCGACGGACGAGUUUCCAGUGAGCACAGACUUCACGCCGGUGUUGACAUGGCGCAGGAAACCGUCUGCACCGUCCGUAUCUUCAUCACUGCCGGACCUGCUGGGAAACUCGACGAGCAGCUUGAGUGCAGGAGACGCGCCGUACAUCGCAGAGACACCGCUGGAGGAGCGCCGUCUGGAGGCGGAGAAGAUCCUGCUGGCAGAACCCGUGGCAGAACUGGGUCACAUGGAGUAUCAUCUGCUGAAGUUCUUCAUCCUGCUCAUUAUUUUGCUGAUCAUUUCCUCGUGUUAUCUGGCGUUCCGGGUCUGUAGUCUGGAACAACAACUGUCUUUCCUCAACACACAACCGGCAAUGUCCAUGAGAGAGAGGUAACCCAGGUUUAACCCCGUGCCAACACCAAGAACGGCUUUGCCAUCAGGAGAGCGGCGUCUCUCACGAUUAAACCAGCUCAAUUACAGGUACAGCACUAGUCACCGAGUAGUUAGCUAAUGGACCAGCAGAGGGCGCCGGUGAGCCGCGAGAGCUGGACUGCUGACCUGUGAAGAUUCCCCACACCAGGAAUAUUAGCCAUAGUUGCCUGGCUUCACUAACACCUCCGCAUUCAGGACGAUAUCAGCCGCGGUUGAUCAGGGUCACAUUGGUGACACUUUCAUGUUACGGAGAACGUUUUCACAUUUUUAACUCUUUCUGUGUCGAUUUUGUUGUUUUUAUGGAGCAAACAUUUCUGUUAACCUGCCCAAAAUGUGCAUGUUUACCAGUGUUUAGUGCACUGCCAGAAUCACCUUAAUGAGUGCUUUUGUCUUGUUCACUGGUAAAAGUAUGUCAAGAUCCUAAACGCAAAGGUCAUGUGGUCGAUUCCCAGGGAAAAUUAAGUUGUUUUGGUUUUUGUACAAUGCAUAAAUGCAUUUUUAUACCUAAAACUAAAACAAAUUUGCCCGGGGGUCAAAAAAAAUGUACUUAAUUCAAGAGAAAUUCUCUGAAAACGUGUCUUAAUAUCUUAUGCUGUUUUGUUCGCAGGUCAAUUGAUGUUGUUUUGAGGAUAUUUUUACUGAAAAACGAGACAAAAUGCUGAUUAAGAAAUGAUUCUUGCAGUGAACAGAUGAGAUGUUCUGGGUUUUCUUGUGGAGAAAAGUAAGAAUUGAUAUUAUUCACACACAUUUCACCCACAGCGGAUCAUUUCAAGGUGAAAGGUCAAAGUCAAGUGAAUCUGAGAGCGUUUAGUUGUGAAGGACUGGAGUUACAGAAAGUCUGUUGUGUAAUCAUCGUUAAAUCUCCUGUUGACUGUAUGUGUGAUUGUAUUAAAGUGCAUUAUGGGGCGUCUGUAGGUCGUUACGUACUUGAAAUAUACGCUUGCAUUUCUGGCAUGCUAGAUGAUGUAGGAUAUGGAUAUUUAAUAGUUUUGCUGUAAAUGAGAGAUUGGGUAUGUAGUUGUGAUGUUUUGUACAUGCUCAUGAUUUCUGCCACACUGUAGAUGUUUUAUAACUUUCUUUCUGACACAAGCAGAUAAGAGGUAGAAAGUUCAAACUAAUAAAAACUUUCACCAGAAAGUCGCUUCA